AUUGACAGUUACUUAUAUGUUCCCACACCUAUCAAUAUUGUCAAAACGUUUUGCCACACUUUACUCUAAUGAAUGUAAAUAAAAAAUACUUAAAUCAUCAAUCACCAAUGAAAUCUAAUUUUCCCCAAAAGAGCUUGAUGUUUGCCUCUGAAGAAUACUUAUCACACUCCUCAAAAGAGCUUACCCCUCAAGAAGUUCUCUUAAAUCGCGUGCCAGGUUGGAUAGGAGACCAUUUAAUAAAAUUGGAGUCAUUGAGAAAAGGAUUGUGGUAUUAUAAAGAAGCUCUUUACAAAAAUCCGAAGGAUACAAGUUUGCUCUACAAGAGGUCGGACGCUUAUGGAAAAAGUUUCGAAAUGCAAAGAGCCUUGGCCGACAUACAAAGAAUUGCGAAAAUUGAACCCAUGAAAUUGAAUGCAGUUGCUCGAAAAACUAAAUUUUUGUUCUACAAUGGAGAAUUCGAGAAGUGUAUGGUAACUUGUUUCAAUCACAUGGAAAUUCGGAAAAAACCACCCUAUUUUACGUUAGGACUCCUUUUAGCGAAAAAUGCUAUAGAAAAUUGUCUUGGGAAAAGAGCAGGGCAUCCUCUCAGAGAUUACUAUGAAAUAAUACGAGAAAAAGCAUGGCAGGAUAAUGUUAUUGGAAAAACAUCUCCUUCGAAACAGAGGAGAAAGAAGAAGAAGACCAAAACUGUUGUAUUAGCAACAGAAACUCACGUUUUAGGUUCUGUGAAACCCCUAAAACCUGUAAGGCCGUUGAAUAUUGUCUUGGAAGAAGAUGAUGAGGAUGAAGACUCAGUGGAAUUACAGGUUGCGUCGAGUAGAAAUGCGUCCAAAAGAAAAACAGUAUUCAGUGAAAAAAUGACGAAAGUUCAACAAAUACCAAGAGUUACCCGCGUCAAAGCCAACCUGAUGGACAAGACUUCGGUGGAUAGUAGUACUAUAAGCCUCAGCAACAUUUCUUUGGAUACAUCAUUCACAACUGGAUCUUUGACUGGCGAUAAAUUCUCCACGGUGAAGGUGCCGAAAUCGCAUGCCUAUCCAUAUCGUCCUCUGCAGAAACGUACUUCGAACAUCGAUAAUUACUUGGCCUGCUCAUAUUUAGGCAGAUUGUUCUGCGAGAAGAGAUUUUUGACUGACAUGUCCAAUAAUCCCGGAUAUAUAGGAAAAAAUGAGGAGGGCAAUCAGAUAUUAGUCGGUGUUACGAAAGAAGGAACGAAUGUACUCGAGUAUUUGCAGGAAAUUCUCCGAACGAGAAUGCCUUUUUAUAACAUCAAAUAUCAGGAGUUUCUGAAUCGAUCGAGAAAGGUAGAGAUGGAUAAAGCGAUGCUGAUGGAACGUGAUAAAAUAAACGCCAUCAACAAACUCAACAUGUUUUUUGCUGACAUAGCAAAAUGCAUUAAGAGAAUGGACGUUCAACUGAUGAAUAAAACAGCUGAUACUAUGUACAGGUUCUGUAAAAGCACAGACAAAGCCAUUAUACCAGACAAAGACUCAAUAUUAUACAGAUUGUACAAGCUCCUAGGAGACGGUACACUCUUCUCGUACAGAUUUUUGCCUGGAAUGUCAGAUCAGCAGAUGAUCACAAGGGUUAACCUAGCUCUUGCUUUACCUUUUGAAAGGAGAAAUUCCCAGGAGUCUUUUUAUAGAAGGUUCAAGGGACGUGAACAAAAUUGGCUUGACCGCAUCAAUACCUUCGAACAACGUGUAAGAAUUUGCAAAUAUUCCGAGGAAGUGAUCUGGCUGUAUCACGAAUUGUCGAAAUUCAACGUUGAGCUCAAGAGAUACACUUUGGCCAAGACGUACUGCGGUAGAUGUAUCCACGAAGCCAGAAAAUGCGAGGAUUUCAAAUGGGCUGUCAAUGGGUACAUGAUGAUGACAAGGAUAGCGGUUUUUCAAAAGAAUAAGAAUGACGUAAGAAGGAACCUGCGCUUAGCUAUAAGUACUGCCAAGAAUUUGAAUAUAAAAGAAUUGGACGUGUUUCUUCAGACUUGUUACGGAGUUGUCAGCGAAUGGAAAUUCGAGAAAGCAAACAAUGAACAAAUUUUCCUGAACAGAGAACAAGGAAUAAUAAAAAUACUUCCAACAUACCAUCAGAAAAGAACAGCAACUCUCAUUUUUGGUCAGAUGCAUGCCAAAGCACUUGAUAGAAGACUUGCUAUUAUGCCUGGUUUCGCUGACACAGAAUACUAUGAUGUAAUCGAAACAAAGAAAGAAGAGAUGAAAAAGAAGAAGCCUGUGAAAAGGCUAAGAGGACUAGAAGCUGAAAUGUUGUUAUCCGGAAAUUUUGGACGUUCCAAAAACAUAGAAAUGAAUAUUUAAUCUACACUUCUAUUGUUAUACCUGUUUUUACCUUUUUAUUAUGUAUUUUUAAGUGUAAUAUUGUGAAAUAUACUUAUACUCGAUCA